CGCCAGCAUGCGCGCCGAGGCCCACGGCGGCCUGGAGCGCUUCUGCAGCGCGGGCAAGGGCCGGGGGCUCCGCGCGCUGCGGCCCUUCCACGUGGGCGAGCUCCUCUUCUCCUGCCCGGCCUACGCCUGCGUGCUCACCGUGGGCGAGCGGGGCCACCACUGCGAGUGUUGCUUCGCCAGGAAAGAAGGACUGUCAAAAUGUGGACGCUGCAAGCAGGCAUUUUACUGCAAUGUGGAAUGUCAGAAGGCAGACUGGCCCCUGCACAAGAUGGAGUGCUCAUCCAUGGUGGUUUUUGGGGAGAACUGGAACCCUUCAGAGACGGUGCGGCUCACCGCAAGGAUUCUGGCCAAACAGAAGAUUCACCCAGAGAGGACGCCCUCAGAGACACUGCUGGCCGUAAAGGAGUUUGAAUCACAUCUGGACAAGCUAGACAAUGAGAAAAAGGAUCUGAUCCAGAGCGACAUAGCUGCUCUCCAUCAGUUCUACUCCAAGCACCUGGACCUUCCUGACCACAGCAGCCUCGUGGUGCUCUUCGCCCAGGUGAACUGUAAUGGCUUCACCAUUGAAGAUGAAGAGCUCUCUCACUUGGGAUCUGCAAUAUUUCCUGAUGUUGCACUGAUGAAUCACAGCUGUUGUCCCAAUGUCAUUGUGACCUACAAAGGGACCCUGGCAGAAGUCAGGGCUGUACAGGAAAUCCACCCAGGAGACGAGGUGUUCACCAGCUACAUUGACCUGCUGUAUCCCACAGAAGACAGGAAUGACCGGCUGAGAGACUCCUAUUUCUUUACCUGUGAGUGCCAGGAGUGCACGACCAAGGACAAGGACAAGGCCAAGGUGGAAAUCCGGAAGCUCAGCAGCCCGCCGCAGGCAGAAGCCGUUCGAGACAUGGUCAGAUACGCACGGAACGUCAUCGAGGAAUUCCGAAGAGCCAAGCACUACAAAUCCCCUAGUGAGCUGCUGGAGAUCUGUGAGCUUAGCCAGGAGAAGAUGAGCUCCGUGUUCGAGGACAGCAACGUGUACAUGCUGCACAUGAUGUACCAGGCCAUGGGUGUCUGCCUGUACAUGCAGGACUGGGAGGGGGCCCUGAAGUACGGCCAGAAGAUCAUCCAGCCCUACAGUAAGCACUACCCCGUGUACUCCCUCAACGUGGCCUCCAUGUGGCUCAAGCUGGGAAGGCUGUACAUAGGCCUGGAGAACAAAGCUGCCGGGGAGAGAGCGCUGAGAAAGGCCAUAGCCAUCAUGGAGGUAGCCCACGGCAAGGAUCAUCCGUACAUCUCCGAGAUCAAGCAGGAAAUGGCGAGCCACUGACUGCAUCCCAGCUUUCCUCCAGAAAUGUCACAGGACUUGAAUUUCAUUUCCAACCUCUUGGCCACCCCAGCCUCUUCUGCAAAGCCUUGCCACACUGUGUUUUCAGGUCAUGUUCAGCUCUUAAAACUCAUUUCCAGCGCUUUCCUUUUUCUAAGGGCUGUGGCAUGAUUCCGUGCAAUACGCAUUUUGGGCAGAUUGAGCUUUUAAAAUGCAAUUGUUUUUCCUCUGUUUCUGUUGGAAUGCUCUGCAUAAAGUUGAUUGAGGAAAGAAUAAAAGAGCUGGUCCUUGAAGCAUUUGUUUUCUCACAUCUGCG